ACUACAUGUAUGUAUGCAACUUCAAGAGCAAAACACGCGACUGCCACUCUGAUCUUGCCAAGGGUUGUGUGUGGCUUUUUUGCAUUCCAUUUUCCUUCCAUCCUCGCACAAUCUCAUCCCGAACCAGUCUAUCUAUCUAUCUAUCUUCAUAAUACUACCUCCACACCGUUUUGCCACCAACCAAAAAGACUUGUUACUUCCACUAACCAUGACGACGUUUGAUGAUAUGGAACAAGCUGCCAUUGAGGAGAGUACCACCUGUGCGGCGAAUGACCACCUUCCUUCUGUGACCGAGCAACGCGAAAAGAUUGCUCAAAAGGAGCAAAAGGCGGUCAGCUGCUUGCGUCUCGUGCUGUUGGCCGUCUUGGUCGUUUCCGCCAUUGUCGUGUCGGUGGUCCUCUAUCUCUACACGUCCGCCAAGGAAACCAAUGAGUUUGAAUCGCAGUUUGAAAGUGACUCCUUCAAAGUGUUUGAAUCGUUGGGGUUGCAUCUCGAUCUCACAUUGGGAGCCGCUGAUUCGUUUGUCUUCAAGAUGAUCUCCUAUGCCAAAGCAUCUUCCAACCAAUUUCCGUUUGUCACGAUCCCCGACUUUGGAGUCCAAGCCGCCAAGGUCCUCAGUUCGUCCGCGUUUUUCUACAUGGGCACGUACAUCAAGGUCGCCAACGACGAACGCGUCGAUUGGGAAAACUAUACCAGUGACGCCACCAACACGUACUGGCUCGAGGAGAACAUUCAACAAGUUCAAGUCGAUGACCCCAACUACCACGGUCCCAUUGUCGACGACGAGUACUCCACCAGCAACUUUCUGUUCAACUACAAUGACGAGUUCCUGCCCGAAGUGGUUCCCUACAAUGAUACCUCCAACUACUAUCUCCCCAGUUUCCAGCAUUAUCCUUCCGUUCCUGAUCCUUACUAUCCUCCGUACAACUGGAAUGCCAUGGGGUAUCCCGAUUAUGCCGUUCCCUUUACCCAUGCAAUGCACACCAAGACUGUCACCAUGACGGGAGUCGUCAAUCAAGCCUUUGAUCCCAACGAUGAAUACCAAGUUUACAAUGCCGAACUCCUCAGUGCCUGGGCGGAAAACUAUAUCUCGACGGAAGAAGAUCCCACCGAACCAUACUUUGAACUCAUCUAUCCCAUGUUGAAUGCCGUCGACAAGGUCCAGAUUGAUACUUCUACCGUCGAACCGGCCGUGGGAGUCCUCUCUUUUGCCUAUUAUGUUCGCGACCUCGUCCGAGAUAUUUUGCCUCCCAACUCCAAGGGCAUUGUGGUCGUCUUUCAAAACACGUGCGAUCAAGUCUUUACGUAUCAAGUGGAUGGUGCCGAAACCACGUACAUGGGGAUUGGUGACCAUCAUGACCCCAAGUACAGUCACAUGGGACGAACGGCUCGUCUUCCCGAUCUCUCCGGGCAAGUUGCCAAAGUCUACACCGGUCUGCCUCUCGAUACCGAAUCCUGUGUUUACUCGGUUACUGUCUACCCGUCCCAAGCCAUGCAAGAUCGAUACGUCACCUCCAAACCCAUCUUUUUGGCGGUCGGUGCCUUUGUCAUCUUUCUCUUUACAUCGGCCGUGUUUUUGUUGUACGACUUGUAUGUGGCCCGGCGCCAACAGAUUGUGAAGCACCGUGCCGAAGCAUCGGGCGCUAUCGUCAAUUCGCUCUUUCCCGAACAAGUACGAAAUCAGCUCUACGAAGAACAUCAGCCUGCCCAAGAACAUCAGCAACAACCCAAGACCAAACUGUCCUCCGCCGCCGCAGGUGCAUCGGACCUAACGGCAGAUUCUUCCACAACGACCUUGUCGCCGACCGCGGGCAAACCCAUUGCCGACUUAUUCGAUUCCACAUCAGUCUUUUUUGCCGAUAUUGUGGGAUUUACCAGUUGGAGCAGUUCCAGGACGCCCAUUGAAGUGUUUGAACUCUUGGAAGCACUCUAUGGAGCGUUUGAUGUGAUUGCGAAGCGUCGUAGAGUGUUCAAAGUCGAGACGAUUGGAGAUUGCUACGUUGCCGUUACAGGCAUUCCGAAUCCUCAAGCGGAUCAUGCUGUCAUCAUGGUGAAGUUUGCCAGAGAUUGUUUGACACGAAUGAGGCAAGUACUCCAAGACCUGGUGGGCACUUUGGGAGCGGCCACUCUGGACUUGGAUAUGCGAGCUGGGGUUCACAGUGGCCCUGUCACAGCCGGUGUACUGCGUGGCGAGAAGGGUCGAUUUCAGUUGUUUGGCGACACUGUCAACACGGCGGCCCGGAUGGAAAGCAAUGGCAAGGCUGGGAUGAUUCAUGUCUCUCAGGCCACUGCCGAUGAACUUACCAAAGCGGGCAAGUCAAGCUGGCUGAAACUCCGAGACGAAAAGAUCACUGCCAAGGGCAAAGGAGAAAUGCAGACAUACUUUGUCAUGAUGUCACCCGCUCGCACAAGCAUUGCAUCCACGAGUGGUGAAGCCAUGGCCCUCCACUCCAUUGAUGAACCGCCAGCAGGUAACAAUGCUCAAGUGCUAGACAGUAUCAACCAGGGGGAUGAGGUCUACGACGAGGGCAUGGCAGAAUCAGCAGUCUCUUCUGAUGAUGAGGCAUUGGAACCAGCGACGGUCGAGGUUUAGAAUACAUCUGAUUGCUUAACAAUACGCUGCUGCACAUUCCCCCCCUCCUACACAUCCAUGAAGCGAACUAACCUCAAUGAAGACCCGGAAUUUCCUGGGAUGGUUUAGGCCCAACGUCGAGUUUGGUUUGGCACUCCAUCAACUGGAAGCAAGGCAACCAUCCAAUUGGCUGUUGGUGGGACAAGGUUCUUUGCUUUGGUGCGCCCGGCCGGCCAUACGACCAAUCACGAUGUUGAUGGUGAAGCCCGUUUCUGUGGAUCCACGGAGGCAGCCAAUCCCAGAAAGCUGUUCAAGUUUCGCCAAUGAGGAUUAUACAUAUUUUUUGCUAUUAGGAUUUCAUAUUGUCAGACAUACUCUUGUACUGGUACUACUUCUACCUGAUGCGGUACCGUAAAAGUGAUUAGUUGAAGGGGCUCCAGAGGGGAGAAGGAGGAGGGUUAAGCUAGUCUGGGCAAGAGCAUCUAGUUGCACAUGUUUUGAGUUGUGGUACCCGUAAAAGUGAUUAGUU